AUGGCGUCAAGGAAACAACCCAGAAAAAAUGAUGAUAUCCAUUUCGUCAAUGCCAGACCUGCCUCCGAGACCGAACGACUGAAAGCUCAGCGUCUGGUGCGUGCGCAUGUCGGGCGCUGGAUCUCAGAUCAAACAAAGGACCGAUCCGCAGGCGAAUCCUCCAAUACACGCGCCCGACCUGUCCGCAAUCCAGUUCCCCCCGUACCCGUCGCUAGUCCCGGUCCCUCUUAUACCAUUGCUUCACGCCCUUCAAGCUCCCUUCGGAACAGCCCCCGUGACUCCCGCUCCAACCAGGUUACUUUCCGCGACUCGCCAUUUCCGCCCUCCCAUGCUAGUGAUAGCAGCGACAGCAGCAGUGACGAUGCGAGUACUGUGACUGCCUUCUCCGCAGAGGCGCUCGCUGUCGCCCGAUACAACAAGCGCAACUCCCCUGAGAGGCUGGAACGUAACCUCUCCGGAAUAUUCGACCCAUUCGCCACAUACCCCGCGCCGGAGAACUUCGAACCAGCGAUGAUCAAUCUAUCAGAGCGCUAUCUCACAGCUGUUGUGUGGCCAGGACUGGCCCCGCGGCCACAGAAUGUCAAAACUGCGGCUAACAAGUGGUUCGAUCUGUCCAUGGCGGACCCGGCUUUGUUCACAGCGUUCAUGUUUGGUUCCCUAUGUCAUCUCCGUGUACAAUGGCAGAAUAACUGGGUGCCCGGUACGGUAUUCGGCCAGAGGGAACGCCGGGCGUUACAGCUAUGUGAAAUGGAAUCGAUUAAGCUGAUCAACCAGGCCGUUCGCGAUCCCGAUCGUGCGGUCAGCGAUGCUGUCCUCCUCAGCGUUAUCUGCAUGGCCCAUCAUCAGGCAGAGGAGAAAGUGUCACAGCGGCACCGGAAAACACCAUUUCAUCCGCCUUUCCCGCGGCUACAAUGGAUCGAUGUCUACGGGUGUCUGCCACCGAAUAUGAUCCAUAUCAAAGGAUUAUUGCAGUUGGUCAAACUGCGAGGUGGCUUGGCAAAGAUCCCCACAGAGGGUCUAGCCGCGACAAUUUCGUUUUCGGAUAUCAUGAGCUGUAGCGUCCUCUGUGUCCACCCGUGCUUUGAUUUCUGGCCCCUCGCCGAUUUCCGAUUAGGCAUGUCUAUCCAAAAAAUGCUCGGCUUCGGACCAUCAGACGUCGAGCAGGGAUUCGGCCGUCUACGGGAAACUGGCGUUACUCCCCAAAUGGCAGAAGCUUUCCAGGCGGUGCACACUUAUAUCGAGAUCAUCAAAGCGAGCCCGAAUUCCACACAUGAUGUCUCUUUACUCGCCGACCGGCGCAACCUAACCCAACAUACCCUCCUCUGUCUCUCUCCCGCCUCAGACCUCUUCUUCUCCCAUCCCACGCAUGCCGCCACCUAUGAAGCCUGCCGCCUAGCGGCACUAAUCUUCGGGGUCGGCGUCCUCUUCCCAAUCCCCGCACAGAAUACCCCACUCAAUAAUCUCGCGCGUCUUAUCUGGUCGCUCCUAAUUCAACCCUCCUCCUCCGAACUGUGGUCUUCGCCAUCCACUCGUCUCCCCCUUAUCUGGGUCUUGACCCUCGGUGGUAUCGCAGCGAACGAUGCCCCCGAGCGUGCCUGGUUCGCCUCUGCUCUAGGAGAUGUAGCCCGCAGGACUGGUUUGAAUUCAUGGGCCAGCAUCAAAUCCAUCAUCGGAUCCAUGUUAUGGUACGACGCUGCCUGCGAUCUUGCUGCAGAGACUCUCUGGCAUGAGAACGCUAGCAGGUAUACCUUUGUCAUGGGGUGA